CAGGGCUCAAUCGAUUCGGCUUGUCGUCCUUAUCAAGAAUAUAUAUAUUUUAUGGGGUCUGCCACGCUGCCUUCUGCCUGCGACAUACAUUUGUACACAACCAUUAUACCAUGAUUUCCCAUAUUCAAUGGGAUCAGAUCAGGGUAUAAGAAUUAAACAGUUUAUUCCCUUAUACAACGGCAAUCAUGUUUACCAUCAAUCAACACAAGAAAUUUGUUAUACUGGACUGUGAUGGGGGGAGUGACGAUGCUUGGGCGUUAUUACUACUUUUACGCGCUGAGCAGUGCGGUUUUAUUCAACUAUUGGCGGUGACAACAACCGGUUGUGGUAAUACAACAUGUGAAAACGCCGCACGUAACAUGAGACGUAUACUCACAGCUUGCUCCAGGAAUGACAUACCAAUUUACAUGGGCGCAGUAGAACCACUUGCUGGUUACGUCGAUGCGGAUAGAAAGUUAUUUCAUGGACGCGAUGGAUUCGGUGAUUGCCUAAAUGAUGAAAACAGUUUACAUAUAUCCAGUUAUGUGCAACCACAGCAUGCAGUUAUGGCCAUACACGAAUUUUGCAAGCAACGACCUCAGCAAAUAACUAUUAUUGCGGUGGGUCCACUCACUAAUCUGGCACUGGGUUACACUAUGUAUGGUGAACAAUUUGGACUGUGCAUCAAAGAUAUUUACAUAAUGGGCGGAAACUAUCAGGGAGUCGGAAAUUCGUCACGUUCCGCCGAGUUUAAUUUCCAUUCAGAUCCGGAGGCUGCACAUGCUGUGCUGUUAAAAACCCCAUGUCCAAUUACUAUACUGCCAUGGGAACCAUGCACCAAAGAGCGUUUCAACAUACCUAUAAACUGGCGCCUAGGUGAGUUUGUUCAAUGCGCUGCUGCUUACAAACACCUUGCAAUCGAUAUACUUAACCAAGUAGAAAAUUCCCAGUAUGAGAUGGAUAAUUGGAACCCCUGCGAUGCAUUGUUAGUAGCAGCAUGGCUUUUUGAAAAACAGUUUAUUAAAAAGUCGAGUACUUGGAAUGCGACCGUCGAUCUUACAGGUACACAUACUCGUGGGCAAAUGGUCCUUGAUCAUUUAAGAGAGUGUAAAAAGUUUCCAGAGAAUGUUCGCAUCAUUGAAUUUGUCGAUGACGAAUGUUUUAAACAUAUUGUUGAGUGGGCUGCUGGAUUGCGUGAUACUUUAGACGAAAAUAAAUAACCAUAUAACAUCCUUACGUCGAGACUAGCAAAAUACAUGUAACUCUAAAUUCGUUGUCAAUAAACUUUUUAGA